AAAUUAAAGUAGCUGAGUGCUUAGUUACAUCCCUUACAUCGUGUAACAGUAUAUUUACAACUUUAAAUACAAAUAGCGUCUCAAAACUUGUCAGUCUACAGUAGGAAGUGUUUAGGUGCUGAAAAUGUGUUUUUUUGAACAGAGUCUGGUGAGGAAGGGGUUAUGUUUACAGUAGGCAGAUGACGUCAGUGUCAGCUGUGCCUCGCGCAUGCACUGUCCGCGUGCACGUGUGUGUGUGUGUGGAUGAUUCAGCAGCUCGUGCAGCUGCAGUCAGUCUCAGCGGCUCGCGCUCACAGUCGGCUAACAGGCGAAAACAAACAAACAAACACACGGUGCUUUUAUUUUGGUGUUCUCGGCUAAGCUAACAGUUAGCCAACCCGUGCAGGUGAAGACACACGUCGGAGACCCCGUAGAGCUCGGAGAGGCCGGGCAGCAGGAGCGGAGCGCCGCGGUGAGCAGCGCCGUGUGUCCGCCUCACGCCUCCCUGUGGAUUUUAUCCGGAUUUAUCGGGACUUUCAUCGUCCGUUCUCAGACUGAACCUCGACUCAUCCCGCCUGACAUCCAGCUGCUCUCAUUCAACCGUCCCGACUCCGACAUUUCCGCAUUUUGACGUCUGAUGCUUCGUCUCUGCGGCAGCUCCUCUUGCUCAGUGUCUCCAUGGUGAAGUGGGCGGGGUCUGAUGUCAGCCCCUGCUCUUGACAACCCUCCCGUCAUGCCCACCAUGGUUUCUAGGCUCCCUAAGUUCGGCUCGUGUACCAAACCCGCCCCGCCUUUGAGCAGCGAUCAGACCGGUCCGGCUGCCGCUGCAAGCACUUGCAGCUUCACCAGCACCGCCGCUACCAGCACCCGCCUCACCAACGGGUUCUACCACCACCCCGGCCCAGCGGGGGUCAACAGCAGUUUGACUGCACCCCCCACCUCUGUGAAGCAGAAUGGAUUCAUCAGAGCGCCGAUUUCUUAUUCCAUGAAAUGGAAGAAAGAAAAUGAGCCUGUGGAGGACGGAGGGGCUGACGGAGAGAGGGAGCCGAGGAGAGGAAAGGGUGGGAAUGUCGGGCUUCAGUAUUAUUCCCAACGGCAGCAGGGAUCAUCAUCUGUGUCUCAGCGAGACGCUAAGAAGCCAACCACGUCGUCUGCAGGAAAGGGACGAGGUCUCAGCCAUCCUGUGACGUCCUCAUCCUCGCCGUCGCCACAGUCCAGCCCCAGAACACUUCCUGUCUCUAAAAGUGGAUCACACAGUUCCAAACUCAGCCAAACUCCAUUCGGGCUAACCAACGGCACAAAACAGGCCCUCGGCGGUCUUUCUGGGACUAAACCUCGGAGCAGUUCUCUGAGGCAGCCUCAGAGCUUCAUCCGUUCUGGUGGUUCCAGGCCAGGUUCUGGUCCUGGAUCUCGUUCUGGUUCCCCUCUCCAGAACAAACCGCAGGCCAGCCGCUCCCACUCCAGCGACAGCCUCGGGUCCGCUCCGUCGGUCCAGCUGACUGAAAGCGAUCGUUUGCGGUCACGUAGCCUCACCCAGGUCCGACGGCAGCCCUCCCCCACCCUCACCCCUUCUUCCACCUCCUCCUCCGUCUCUCGCAGCUCCGCUGUCCCCCGAUCCCCAGCUCCAGCUCCACCCAGAGGAAACCUGUCUAAACCCCCUGAGGGAGGAGGUGGUGGGGUCAAAGUUCAAAGCUCUGCUGUUCCAGGGAGAUCCCUCAUGCCGCCCUCUGCCUUAAAGAAGCCCCUCCUACCCAGCCUUGGCUCCGCCUCUAAGCCCAGUGGCAUCAGCUAUAAGCUGUCCCGCCCAUCACUCAACAAGCCGUCCCGCCCGCUGCGAGUGACCCCAUCCAGUGUGUCAGGAGGUGAUCCGGAGGGGAACCAGGGACCGUCAGGCCGGAGGAACUCUGUAGAGACGCCUUCGACCACAGAGACCAGCCCAGAAAGUUCCCCAGACGCUCCAGAGACGGAGGGGCUGACGGCGGAGGCGGUGUCCCAUGGAGAGCUGUCGAUUGUCGGGGAAACGCUGGAGGACAUGUCCCUGUCCUCCAACUCGUCUCUGGACAGAAAUGACACCAGUCAGGAGUACAUGGAUGACUUUGACAACCUCGGAAAUGGAGGCGUUGGCAUUCUGCUCCUCACCUCUAAAAACGACGAAGACGACUCAGGGCUCGACCAAUCAUGCGCCAGGUUUGAUGAUGACAAGGUGGCGGUGAACGGUGUCGCCAAGGCAGCAGGACUGUGUUUUCUGGACGACGGAGUGGACUGGGCCAGCAUGAGACUCAGCGGUGAGCGAGGGGAGCACCGGCUGACCCGGCUGCCACAUCGGAGAAAGUCCAGUCAGCCGGACUACCACGACCAGGGCGGUUCGUCUCUGGACCUGUCCCCCUCAGACAGCUGUGGGUCCGGGGGAACUUACAUGUGGGACGAGGAGGGCCUGGAGCCGCUGGGGGGCGCCGCCACGACCGCCUCCAUCAACUCCAACGGCAACACCACCCAUCACAUCGGGAGCUUCGACUCCGACCUCAACAGCAUCGACAUCUUGAACAACCUGGACUCCUGUGAUCUGGAUGAUGACGACCUCAUGCUGGAUUCAGACGCUCUAGAGGAAGCGUCACUGCACAGCGAUGGAGACGGGAUUGCACACAUGGCUCAGUGGAGAAUGAGGCAGCUCUGCUGGGGAACGCAGGACGUCCACAAUGACAAUGAGAGUGAUUUCCAGUGCUACAAACUGACAGAGGAUCCUGGGAACAAGAGGACCGACACAACCCGGGACAGUGACCUCAUUCUGGACCUCUGUCCUCCAAGGUCCUCCUGUCUGUCUCCUGGUUCCCCUGGUUUGGGUGUAGAUGUGGAGGAGCUGGCUGAAGACUGUUCAGUAGUCAAAUCACAGCUGGAGUACCUGCAGAGGUUACUGCUUCAGGAGGAGGACGCGGACGAGGACACUCUGACCACAGACACUCUGGGUCCUGAAGCUAACGAGUCCCACAGCUCUGACUCACAGGUGCAGGCUCUCCUGCAGGAGGUGCAGCAGCUCAGAGAGGAGCUGAGGAGUCGAGACCAGACCAUCGCACAGCUCACCCUGCAGCUGGCUGUUCCCACGGCGACCACCAGGUGUCGUUGCCAGGCGACGACGGGGAGGAUGGAUCGACACACGCAGACGAGUGUGACGGAGAGAGAGAGCGUCGCCUCGCAGACGCCCUGGAGAGAGCACACUUCACAGAUACUUCACUCCUCCAGCCAAGAAGAGCAGGAACCACUGACGCACCGCCGCCCACCUCCGCCGCCAACCCAAGCUCCGCCUCCAGCUCUCCACCGCUCCGCCCGGCCUGAGAGCGCCCCGGACCGUCCUGAUGCCACCGCCGCCACGACCGAGGAAGGAAAGGAUUGUGGGAGAGGAGUGAGGAGAGAGGAGGACAGGGAGAGGAGAGGAGGCCACACCAGAUCCCUGCAGCCGCCCCAGCCCUCCAAACUCCGCCUCUUCCUGUCUCACACCUCCAGCUCAGCCAUCGUCGCGCCGCUGAGGGCGAAGGCGGCCUCCGCCUCCGGCUCAUCCCGCCUCCCCAAACCAAAGAGCCACUGAGGCGUCGGCCUCGUCACAGUCUCAACACGCAGCGACGUGAGCCGACGAACCGCUUCAGUAACGAUCCUAAACUCUGAUUAUAUUAACGAUCGCAAGGCUAAAUUAUUUAAGAUGUAAAUGAAACCGUUAACGUAUUUAUUGUUAAUAUUUAAGCACCGUGACUGAUAAUAAAGAUUUAAAAGUGGUUAUUUUACAGCUCUGAUCAUCUCGUAAUAAUUUACUUUAAAGACGUUGAUAUGAAACAGUCGAGUCAGACGAACGUUCCCGGACAGGAAGCUGUUUUUUGAAAUGGAGACAGUUUUAACGGAGAUGACACGGAGAGAAAACAAUCGUUGUUUGUGCCAAAUGUUUUCCCAUCAUGCAUCAGUCCCCCUACUGGUCAUCUAGUACAAGAAAAUAUUGAGUGAGAACAAGAUGUUAUGGAGCAAGAAUGAGAUGCUACAGAUCCUGAUCCAGUAUUUUCUUCUGUAACAAGCUGUUAUCUUGUUUGCUAUCUUGUGCAGGAAAGUGAUCACGAAUAGUUUGAACAAGAUCUCAAAGUUAGAAACAGAACAGAAAAGCUGUCAGUAAAACUUUUAAUAUACGACCCUUUGACUUUAAAAAGCUCUGAUCAGUCCGCUGAUGAUUAAAAACUGCUCUGUGUAAAUGUCUGCUGACAGUUUGCAGACGAGACGAAUCAAAAUAUCUAAUAUGACUUUAAAUCAAGAGCACGAACGAGUGAUUUGUUUAUUCUUCUCUGUGACACCUCCGGGUCUCCGUAGUCAACACGUUUAAUUAGUUGAGUUAAUUGCUGCGUUAACAACGGAGUGGUUAAGUGUGAGCUCGUCAGCUCAGCUGAGUGUGAAACAAAGAAGAAAGUUUCAAUAACACAUUAUUUAUAAUCGACUCUCAAAGCGAUUGUUCUGAAAGCAUCAAGACGUUUUACCUAAAAUGUGUUUAUUUAUUGACUUCCAGGACAGAAAUCUAAACAGAAAGUAUAAAAGAUCUGACACUAGAAGCUCGUUGGUCCCUCGCGUCUGAAUAUUCUCUCCUCGGUCGCUCGCUCUGUGUUCGGAGGCAGAAUCGCAGACUUCCUGUCCGGCCUGACGCUGGAAACUCGUGUGAAGUCGCUGCCUCUCCAGCGAGGAAGUCAGACACCAAGACUUGUAUCCCAAACGUCCGUCAGUCCGUCUGUUCAGUUACAUCACGUCGUGGUAAAAUGCUCGAUGUUUCCGUAACUCUGCUGCCGACUCAAACCCUCCCUCCAUCCGACGCUGGUGAUUAUCUUCCUCCUGCGCUAACUGACGACAUCCAGCCGCCAUUGUUCUUCUGAUACACUCUGAGAGGCAGCGGGGCGAACAGUUUGUUCAAGUGUCUUUCUGCUUGAACAAACGCUUAAAACUCUCGUCUGUCAGUCACUUCACAUCUCGUCAGGAUCCGUCUUCACAUUAACAUUUAGUCCAGAUCGUCCCUGAACUCCAGAAUAUCUGUCGAGACGCUGAAACGAGCCCGCUGACAUUUACACCGACUCAUCAAACACUAUGACCUCGUCUCUGUCGGCGAUGAUCAGUCAGGAUCCAGCGACUCUGCUUGCUUUGAUAUUAGUAACAGUAUAUGCAAUAAAAUAUGCAACGUCCCGUGUGCCCCCCGGAGGAGGAGGUGUCGAAGAAAUAUGCAAAAAAACAAAAACAUUUCACGCAGCUGGAGGAGGUUUCUGGUUCUGACAGUCCAAGAAAUGAUGGAGAGAAAAAACAACAACAACAACAACAACGAGGCGGACAGACGGCAGCGACUUAAAGAGUUGGUUGUUUACUUUUUAGUAAAAAUGUUCAAAUGAAGCUGAAUAAUUUGAAUUCAAACCCUGAACCAACCUGCCGAGCGUCUGUUCAGAGAGCGACUCAGCUGCUCUGAUCGUCUCUUCAGUUCAAUCAUUCAUCCACUUUUUGUCCGUCUGUGUUUUUCCCUCGCACGUUUCUCUCCGGUCGUCUCUGUUCAUCCCUCGUUUCUGUGUGUCGAGGCUGCAGCAGGAGGGAUAACGAGGCCGACAGGGAGAACAGGUGAACACAGGAGGCUGUCGGCUCUAAUUGGUCCUUUUAGUUUUUAUUCCAGCGGCUUCUCUCCUUCCUCUCCUCUCUCCUUGUGUCCUCUCUCCUCACUCACUCACACACUCACUCACUCACACACACACACACACACACACCUGGGAGCAUCGGCAGGUAUCACUCAGGUGCUGUAGAUAAACCAGGUUGCCAUGGCAAUACAGCCUGGCAGCCACGGCAACGGCAUCACGGGAAUUGAGAGAACUCCCCACCAACAACACCUCCCACCUUCUUUCUCUCCUCCCUCUGUUUUACUCCUUCCUUCCUUUUUUUCCUUCCUUCCACUUUUCCUUGCCUAUUUCCUCCUUCCUGUUUCCUCCUCGUUCUCUCCUUCCUUCCUUCCCUCGAAGCCUCGACAUAUCGAAACGCAUCCGGGUUGAAAGUCUGAUCGUUGCUUUUAAUCCGUCGAAAGCAUUAAAAUCUGGAGUGAAUCGAGCCUCGUGCCUCCGACUGAGAGGAGACGGGAGGAUUUUGGGGUGAAACAACAGCAGAUUAACAAGUUUCUCAUCUGAAGCUUAAACUGGAUUUACCUGCUGAAUAUUCUCACCCCUCAGCAAACCGCAGAGACCAGCCGCCGGCUGAUAGCCAGCUUAAACCUGAAGGUCACUUCAUCUCAAACAGGGAGAGAAAUAACUGUUAAUCUGCCUCCCAGCAGCCGUCCAAUUAAAAUCCUCCUCCGACCAAACAGCUGGAAACAGCUGCUGAACAACAGGAGGGAAGUCUGAGCGAGAGUAUCAGGAAACUUUUUAACUUUUGUCUGUAAAAACCUAAAUGUUCUAAAGUAGAAAGAAAAGGUACUUAACGGGAGAAACUGGAAACUGGUGACAAAUAAAAUAACUCCUAAUGUCAGUAAGUGUCCCGGUUAGUUAAUGUUCUGAGAUGAACAGAAACAUGUUUUCACUCAAAGACAGAAAGAAGUUCAUGUAGAACAUUUGCUGAAUUUACAAGAAGGAGACAGUGAUUUAGAAUUAGUCGUAGCCGUUUCACAGCUUUUGUUCAGUUUCUCCUCAUGAAACGACUCUUAAAAUCACUAUAAAUGUUGAGGGAGUCUGGUGAUUGAAACAGGCAGUGUGAAAUCCUUCCUCUCUAUAACUGAGGAGGUUUAAUUAUGAUGUCUGUUAGUUUCUCCCUUUAAAUCUGCUACUUGAGUAAAUAGAAAUGUACUUAGUCACUUAAUAGAUCUCCUGAAGCUGCUGCAUGUUUGAACCCCUCACAUGAUUCAGUGUCUCGUGUGUCCGACAUGUUUCUUCUCUCGCUCAUCCAACAUUCAGUGAUUUCAGUCGGUGCCGAAACAGAUUACAGUCUGAGGACUUUUGACUUGCGUGAUUCCGUCUCUUUAUGCUUCAACACGGCGCUUGUAAAGUGGAGCCGCUGCUUCAGGUCUGCUGCGAGCCGCCUUAAUUCAUGCAAGUGACACACAACUCACCGCCGAGCUUCAUCACCGUCACACAUUAACACUCUUCUGUCCAACACAAUGAAACGAACCUCCGAUAGCAAAGAAUCGGGAGGAGACGAGUAUCUGCCUGAAAUGAAAAGGGAAAAAUGAAUUGUAGCAGAUUGUUGCUCAGCUGCGAACAAGGUUAAAGAAUUCCAUUCCAGAGUUUGACAAAAAGACGCCUCUCAAGGCUUCACUCCGGCCUUCCUGUCCCUCCGUGUUUCUGUCGGUGUUUCAAAAAGCCUGUGAAUGAUCAAAAACAUUGAUCGAAGGUUUGUUGAGUUCUUUUGCAAUCAGGAACAAAAAAUUAAUAAAUCUGAAAUCUCGACCUGGAUGUCCACGUAGACCAGCGUCCAUGUGCAAAAAACUGAUCAGUUCAACUAAAAUAGGAGAUGUAAAAUCUUGGAGCUGUUGUUGUUGUUGUUGUUGUUGUUGUUGUUGUUGUCAACUGCUAAGCCACGCCCACACAAACAUUCAUCCAAUCAGGUCCAGAGGUCAUGAAGAUCGCUGCACUCUGACGAGGCCUUUAGAAAGUUUCAGAUUAGAAAGAUCGAAUAUUUAAAAUCAUCGUUUAAUUUUGUUUAAAUCGCAAAUGUGUUGAAUUCAUACGAUACACAGAGUUUCUGUAUUAACAAGAAUAACACAAUUCACUAAAUUUUCACAAAGCUGCUUUCUUUUAAUUCACGUAUUUCACAUUAAAAGCUCCAGGCAGUGAGUCCGUCGUCCAGACUGAAGUAGAAACUGUUAAAUGUCGUUUUGUGUGGAAUUAAAAAACAAAAAAGGUCUUAAAUAAAAUUUCCAGACUGCUGCAGAAGUGGAAAUAAAUGUGACACUGGAUUUACUGGUUGUGGAAAUGUCGAAUUAAAACAGGAGCUGCUGAAAACUUCAAAUAACGUCCGACGCUUCAACUCGAGACCGUUUUAGAAUUUAGUGUGUUUGGAUGUUUGCAGGUCGCAGCUGCUUCAUGUCGCUGAUAUUUCAAACAACUGUAUUUAAACGUAUUUAAACAGAUAUUUAAAUUCUCAUGUUGCGUCUGAACAACUUGAAUAAUCACAAUAAUGUACUCACUGCUCAUAUCUAAACAAUAUCUCUGCUGUGUCCUGUAACUUGUCUGGGGGGAGAAAUGCUUUUAUUUUGAAAAACUUGAAGGACAGGUACUUUAUGUUGACAGCCUUCCUGCCAUUUCCUGUGCUGGUUUUCUUCUUGAAUUUGAUUUGUGUGCAAUAAUUCUGGAGGACUCAGUGUUUUUACCUCGCCGCCGCCGCCGCCACUGCUGCCGCCACGCUAACUCUUAUUUAUGUGAUAAACUGUACAAAGUCUUAACCGACUGUAAUUAUUGUUAUUGUUGUUAUUAUUAACACUGAAUUGUGAGCUUGUAAAGCAUCUCAGUCUGAAAAUGCACUUUAAAUGAAGGCGGACGACGCGGGGCUUCCUACAGCGUCGGCUCCGACACGUGAAAAUCUUUUUUUUUGUUUGUCUGAUUUCUUGUUUUUGGGUUCAUCAAACUGUCGCUCUGCGUUGAUGCUGCGCUGAUGUCAUAAGGGGGGCGGGGGGUACGAAUGGGUUGUCAUGGAGAUGUGUCUGUUGAUGUGCCCCGGUGGAUCUGUGUGUGUUUCCUGAAACACAAACAUAAGAGUCCACGGACAGAAAACUACAAACAUGGCGUCCAGACGGCGCACGAUGUGAAAACGUCGCUCUCGUUUGGUCGACACAGAUUCUUCCUCCCGUCGGUCGUUGUGUUGAAGCCCGUGUGACAUCACAUCCUGUUUGGUUGGACUGAAGCCGUGAAGGCGUGUGUGUGUAGCCCCGCUGUGAUUGGCUGAUACACUGGUUGAUAUUCUGUGGUCCUCUUCUGUCAUUGGCUGAGAUGUGUCUGAUGCUGCUGAGAAGAUGAACGCUGAAAUAAAAAUAAUCUUCACCAAAA